GUCGUGCCUGGGCUUCCGAAGGAGGCGGCUUCGUGGGUAAUGGCAGAUUCCGAGACUGAGAAAGAUGAAGACAUAGAUAUGAUGCUGGCGUCUGUCUCAUGCCAGCAAGAUAGUUCGAAUGGGCUCCCUCCACCACACCUGGUGGUCAAAUAUUGGUACAAUGUCGACUGUCAUCUCAAACCAGAGACCACAAUGUUUGUCCUGAACCCAACCGUCAUCGCAUGGAUAAUUCCAACAGAUGCUUAACCUGGUGCCCUAGGUAGAUAGAACCACCACAUACUGCAGGUACCACUUCUAGUAUCAUCAAGGCAUGGGGAUUAUUCCACAAAGCUGGGGAGAUUCCCCAGGCCAGCACUUUGCCACCCAGCGGAUUUCGAGGCGAACGAAGGAGGUCGGAAAACACUCCCAGAAGACUCCAUCUCCCCAGAAAAAGAAACAGACCGUGUCUGUGGUCGUUCCUCCUCGUGUCCAAGAGCCUGCCGAAGAGCCGGCCUCGUCAAGUAUUUGUAAGUCUAUCUUCCCAGCCCUUCUUGACAUGGAGGCUGACAGAAUUGGUCUUAUUGAAUCAGCUUCUGGAUUGGCUGCUAUUCUGCUCUCCCCAGUCAUUAGAGAUCCAGAUUGGUUAUUAGAUCAUAAGGGAAGACCUGUCGUCAAGGAUCCGCGGACCCCCCAUCAAGAAGGUGGCUAUGCCUUGCAUCUUCGGGGCGAAGCUUUAUCCGAUAGUGAAGCCUGUACUCAUUGUCAGACCGGUAGGGCGUUUAUAAGUUAUAUAGUCGGUCCAGAAUAUCGUCGGAGUGCAGUCUGGUCUGGUUCUUGCAGCAAUUAUGUGUGGGCUGGAAGUGGAGCGAAAUGUUCCGUACAAGCAACCUGA